AAAAUGGAAAUUGUUUUUUUAAAAAUGUUUCUUCAGUCUUUAUUAUUUUUGUAUAUAUACUUGUGAGCCUCUGACUUUAUGUGUUUAGAAGAUGAUAAUCUUCCUGUGGAGUGUACCAUUUAGCUUUUGCUGUGGAACAACCACUCUAAAACAUGGUGGCUUAAAACUAUCAUUUUAUUAGCUUGUAAUUCUGAUGAUCAGCAGUUGGGGCUGGGCUCAGCUUUGUGGUUCUUCUGUUAGCCUCACCUGGGAUUUGCUCAUGUGGCUAAGGUCAACCUGUGGGUUGCCUGGGGGCUAGUUGGCCUAGGCUGCUGUACUCUUAGGCCUGGCAAUUGGUGCUGGCUGCUGGUUAGCACUAACUGCCAGCUGGGGUAAUGGGGAUGAUGGACCAUAUGUCUUCAGCACACUGGCCUGAGCUAAUACACAUGGUGGUGGAUGUAGAGAACCUAAGAGCAGCAAGAGAGGAUGAGCCCCAUUCUCUGUUUGUGUUACGUUUACUUUUAUACCAUUGGCCAAAGCAAGUCAUAUGCUCUAGACGAGAGCCAAUAUGGGAUGGCUCCCCAAAGGCAAGGAUAUAGGCGGUAUCGAGAAUCAGGACUGUUAUUGCAACAAUCUACCACAUGAGAAAAACAUUUCAGAUACUGGUUGUGUUUUCUGGAAGGAAAAACAUUGAAAGCCAUGCUAUAAUGCAGGGAUCAGCAAACUGUUGACUUGAUUCAUAGGCCAAAUCCCCCUUGCUGCAUAUCUAUAUAAAUAAAUUUUUGUCGAAGCACAGCUAUUCUCAUUAUUAUUAUUAUUAUAUACUAUCUAUGAGUGUUUUCAUGCUACAGUGACAGAGUUGAGUGCUUGCAACCAACUAUGUGGUCUGCAAAGCCUAAAAUAUUUACUGUUGGGCGUUUUACAGGAAAAAAAUUUACUGACCUCUACUCUAGGCUAACAGGAUAGGCAGAUGCCCUCAUGGCAUAUUCUAUCUUGAAUACGAAAUUACCUCUCUGGAUUUGUUUCUGACCUUCAAGGAUUUCCUUUCCUUUCCUAGCAGCUCAGAUAGCAUUUGAAAUAUUUUUCUAAAAAAAAUUAUAUUCACCUUUUAAGAGGUCUUAAAAGGGAGGGAAGUAUCAGGAGCUAUAGUCCACUACAUUGACAAAAAUGGGAUGUAAAAUGUAAACAGUUUUAUCUUCUUAAAAUAAAGGCUUAAAUAAGUGUGGUUUGUGGAGGAUGUGCUCAGCCCUCCAAGGGCACCGUGAAUGAUGGAGGGGAAAAGCUGGAGUGUGGGAGCUUGGUGAAUAAUGAGCGUGUUGAUGUGUUUGCUACAAUACGAAUUCUAUUUUUGAAAUAAAAUUUGAGCUGUACAACAAUGAAAAUGUUAUUAAAAUGUGCAUAUUCUUAUUUUUUCUUGCUCUAGAGAAGGAUGGAAAUAUUCUUAUUGGUAUGGAGAAUGUGGUGUAACAAACAAAUAUUUUAAUGGUUAACCUAUUUUUUUUUACUUCUGUUUCAAAAUUAAAUGCUUAUGCAUAGCUAUAAAUAGACUCAAAUGAAUCCUGGAGAUCACCCAGGUGUAUCCCCUCAAGUCUUAGGAAUGGAAAUGAGUAGAUUCCUUCCUGUAAUUCCAGACAUGACUUAAUGGCCUAAGAGAAAAAGGUUGCUAAGAAAACCCGCAAAUAUCUACUGCUUUGUACCAAUUAUCCUCAACCAGUAAAAUGUUAACAAUCAAUUCGAAUAUUGUGAUUCCUUGUUUGCUCGAACGCUUUUCAGUUCGGGUGUUUACCUUAAUAACAACAUGAUAAUUGCCAUUUGUUAAAGUCAUGCUGUAUGCCAGACACUCUAAUAAGCACUUUUUCUGUCUUUGCUGUUGUCUAAGCAGUUCCAUGAAGUAUGUCAGUUUCUGUCUUUUACAGAGGGAGUGUUGAGGCUCAGAGAGGAUAAAUAACUUACCUAAGGUCAUACCUAGCAGGAAUCCCUACCUCAUUAGCUCUCAGCUCAAAGUCUAUGCCAUUGACUGUGGUGUAAGUCUCCCAGCUGUCAUCAUAUCCCAGCCAUUCUCCAUUCAUCCCUUUGCACUUCCUUCCACCAAGUCACAAAUUCUCUUUCAUAUCUAUCCCUCUGCUAUAUUUUUCAUUAUAUUAGUGUGCUUUUAAAUGAGUAAGGAGAGUGCCAAGGAAAUUCUUUUGUCUUUCUUACGUUUAGAAGGAAAAAAGGCAGAGCCAGUUCAUGCAAACAGCUGGUGUGUUAGAGGCCUCUAGCAGUGGCAAAGUACAGAAACCACGGAGACUGGUGAAGAACUUGAUUUGAUACGAACACUACCUGCUAAGUUAACAGUAGCAUUGGGAAGCAUGGUUGUCAUGGAAACUUGUUCCUGAUUGGAAAUGGAUAGUUAUAGGGUCUUACCCAGUCACAGAAGGAGAGAUGAUUUCUUUCCUUAGGCUUUUUUUUUUUUUUUGUUCUGAUCAUAAAAGGGAAAAACAAAAAGGCAGAGAGGAGCUAUGAUAGAAAGGUCCCUCUGGCACAGAAGUGGUAGAGCCUUCAGAUCCCUGGGAAUAACAGGGAAGGAGAACAAAUAAGGUCCCUAGCUAGAGUAAUUACGGUAACCAGCUAAUUAAAGAUUUUUGACCGAGGAGAGGAGUGGGGGAGACAUAAAGCAGGUUACACUGGCGGGCCUCCCCUCUGAAGCCUCUGGUGCUCAAAGCCUUGGUGAACAAGUCAGCCCUGGAGGGGUCUGACUUAAAAGAAGGAAAAAAAAAAAAAACCCCAAGGCUCUGGUAAGAUGCAUAGUAAUUGCUGAGAUCCAGUGUGGGAGAAAUACUAGUCUGUACUCUAGUAUUUGCCUUAAUUUCAAAAUUGCUUUCUCUUGUGCUCGCAAUUAAGUUUGUAAAACUUUUAUCACAAUCGGUGAAUAUUUUGUAAAGAUUUUUACUUUCAUUUUGUCAUGAAAAGAAGCAUAGAGACCUGGACUGUGUGCAAAUUCCUUCUCUCAUAAAGCAGUAUGCUUGAGCUUAAGGUACCAUGUGGUUUCUUGGGGCAGAUGCCAGAAGUAUGGGAGGAGGGGUUAACAGAAUCCACAGGGCCGGCUUUACCACUGCUCUGUGCAACGUCUUGUGUGAUGACACACAUCAGAGCUUCCACAAGCAUUAUCUCAGCACACAGGUGGGUGAACACAGGCCAAGGAACCAUCGGCUCAGAAAAAACUGGCCAUGCAGAAGUUGUCCGAGUGGUGUACCAGCCAGAACACAUCAGUUUUGAGGAGCUGCUCAAGGUCUUCUGGGAGAAUCACGACCCGACCCAAGGUAUGCGUCAGGGGAAUGACCAUGGCACUCAGUACCGCUCGGCCAUCUACCCGACCUCUGCCAAGCAAAUGGAGGCGGCCCUGAGCUCCAAAGAGGACUACCAAAAGGUUCUUUCAGAGCACGGCUUCGGCCCCAUCACUACCGACAUCCGGGAGCGACAGACUUUCUACUACGCGGAAGACUACCACCAGCAGUACCUGAGCAAGAACCCCAAUGGCUACUGCGGCCUUGGGGGCACCGGCGUGUCCUGCCCAGUGGGUAUUAAAAAAUAAUUUCUCCCCACGUGGUGGGCCUUUGAGGUUCCAGUAAAAAUGCUUUCAACAAAUUGGGCAGUGCUUGUGUAAUUCACAAUCGUGGCAUUUAAAGUGCGCAGAGUACAAAGGAAUUUAUACAGAUCGGGUUUACUGGAGUAUAAUCUAUAGGAAGUGCGAUGGCAAGUUGAUAAAAUAUGAUUUAUCUCCUAAUAAGUUAUGGUGGGAGUGGAGCUGUGCAGGUUCCUGUGUCUUCUGGGGUCUGAGUGAAGAUAGCGGGGGUGCUGUGUUCACCCUUCCCAGCAUGAGCUGGGAGGUUGCUGGACAGGACGGGGAACCCCAGAAGUCUUUUAUCUGUGCUCUCUGCCCGCCAGUGCCUUACAAUUUGCAAACGUGUAUAGCCUCAAUGAGUCAUUAACUGAAAUCCUUCGCUUUACCAAAUCUAGACAUGCAUAAGGGGCUUUCUCUCCCUUUUCAGCCCUCUCUAUGCAGAGAAAAGAUGUGAGUCUGCUUGAUGAAUUCUAGUGCUUUGCUUAGAGCUGUGAGAAAUGUUUGUUUUAAUAAAAACCUACAGUCCAAUAAUGC